GAAUGAAAACAGAUGAGGCCCUUCCCUGGAGAUGGCAAGCUAUUGAAACCUUUACCGAACGAAAGAUGUCAUCAAAAAGUGACGUAUGGUCAUUUGGAGUCGUAUUGUCUGAGAUCUUUAAAUAUUGUGACCCACCUCCGUAUCACACACUGCCGUCAGAAGAUCUCGUAAACUUUCUAAAAUUAGGAAAACGUAUGGAACGACCACCUGAUUGUCCUCAAUACAUGUAUCAGAUAAUGUUGAGAUGCUGGGAUAUGGACCCUUCACGAAGACCGACUUUCAAUGAAUUGUUUGAUGAGCUUAAAAGACAUGUAGGCCUACACGGCAGUUCUAAGGAACCUGGUGAAUCUGGCAACGUAAAUUAUUCACAUAAGCCCCUAUUAUUCAAAUGUAGGCCUAAUAGGGGAGUAGUAUAGCUGUGUCAUAAUGUAUAGAAUCUGGUUCAUUUUAUAACAGUCCGACAAUUCGUGUUUCCUUAAGUUACUUAGCUGUAUGUUGAUGAUAUAUAAUGAUUAACCCAGUACCGUACUUGCUUGUGUAAAGACACAUUGCUCAUAAUACGUCGUACUUUGGAUGGGCCAUGCCGUUUCUCUCUCGUAUUCCUAUUCGAAAAGAGUAGAGAGAUUGCCUCCAGGUGAAUAAACUGACAAGGGUAGGAAGUGUACUGCGGCUGAACUUGUUUCCGCAGUUUCCCAAUCCGAUUG